CGGGGGUUCCAGAGAGAAACACUUCCGCUUCCGGUGAAGAGUCUCAGUUGAAGUGUGUUCCUGUGAAGGUCGUGAGUCCAAACCUGUGAUCGUCAUGCAUCUGCCCAAGCCGGUGAUGAGGGGGCUGCUGGGGAAGCGCCUGCGGUUCCACCUCCCCGUCGCCUUCACGCUGUCCCUGGUGGCCGCCAUCGCUUUCAAGUACGCCGUCACGGAGCCCAGGAAACAGGCCUACGCAGACUUCUACAAGCAGUACGACGCCGUCAAAGAGUUCAACGCCAUGAAGGAGGCCGGCGUCUUCGAGAGCGUGCGGCCGUCCGGGGAGUAAAACCUCCCUCUUCGUCCCCGCCGCUCCUUCCUGUCCGAGGACGACGCUCGGGUGUCAUUAUGCUGUUUGGUCCCUCUGAAUAAAAUAUUAUUAAUGUAAAA